GAGUCCAUCAGGGAGUUUUAUUUUUAAUGAAGUUCAUCAAGACUUCAGACUUCACAUCAGACAAGAAGGAAUCUUUCUAUAAUAAUAUGCUACAGUGAAGCUCAAGACAACCGCAGAAACGACGCCGGAUGUAUGUAGAAACAGCGGUUGUUGAUUCUAACCAGCAGCAAUGGUGACCCUUUAGUUCACUGAAAAUGAAGUUUCAACCUCGAAGAUCAGCACUAGCAGCAAGCUCAAAAACCCAUUCUAGAAAGAAUAGAAGUUUCUUUUAGUGACUUAAUGGUUUCCAAGAUCAACAUUGUAGCAAGCUAAAAAAAAGCCUGUUUUGGCAUUUAACAGGUUUUAUUGCUUAUGACAGUGCUACAUAGAUGAGUCUGAUUAUUUGGGAUGUGCAAGAAUGAAAUCAUUGAAAAUAGCUUUGUCUAUGUUCAAAAUGAAGAAAUGGUCCGGAGGGGUUGUGAUUAUAGCUCUUGCAAUAAUUCUGGUUUUCAGUUAUAGCCUUAUGGGAACUCGGACACAAAAGAAACAGUCGUCAUAUGAUUUUUUCCGAAAUCAUCCAGCUGAUGAUUCUCAUUUGGAGGACAACCAUCCUGCUAAAUCUCCUCAAUUGGAACUGAAGAAAGCAACAAAAUCAUCCAAGAAGCCACAUUAUAUAAAUGUUGAAGGGCUUAGUGAUUUGUAUGCUCAAAACAAUAUUUCCAGGGAUGAAUCAAAUGCCUUGGUUGUUUGGUUUCAGAUGCGUUUGCUGCUGUCAAGGUCUGAUGCUUUGCCUGAAACAAGUCAGGGGAUUAGAGAGGCUUCGAUAGCAUGGAAGGACUUAUUGUCCAAAAUCAAGGAAAACAAGGCUGCCCAGCUCUCCAAUAUUAACAAAACAGAGGAUAAGAACUGUCCAUACUCUGUAAGCACAAUUGAUUUGACAACAUCAAGUGGUGAAACAAUUCUUGAUAUCCCUUGUGGUCUAGCUGAAGAUUCUUCCAUUUCAGUACUUGGCAUUCCAGAUGGGCACAGCAGAAGCUUUCAGAUUGAACUUCUAGGGUCUCAACUUCCAGUGGAGUCAAAGCCUCCUAUUGUCUUGCAGUACAAUGUUAGCCUACCAGGAGACAAUAUGACAGAGGAGCCAUUUGUUGUGCAGAAUACAUGGACUAAAGAACAUGGCUGGGGAAAAGAAGAAAGAUGCCCUAGUCAUAGAUCUGUUAACAUCCCAAAAGUUGAUGGACUUGUGCUUUGCAAUGAAAAAGUUGUCAGAAGCACCAUGGAAGAAAAUGGAAAUGCCAGUUUUGUUGGUGACGUAUCAGCCAAUGUUUCCCAAGGAAUUGCCCAUGAAAGAGCUAAUUUCCCAUUUGUUGAAGGAAAUGCUUUCACUGCUACAUUAUGGGUUGGUUUGGAGGGAUUUCAUAUGACAGUAAAUGGAAGGCAUGAAACAUCUUUUGUGUACAGGGAGAAACUUGAACCAUGGUUAGUGAGUGGGGUCAAAGUGACUGGUGGUGUGGACAUCUUAUCUGCCUUGGCAAGAGGGUUGCCUGUAUCUGAAGAUAAUGAUUUGGUGGAUGUUGAGCACCUGAAAGCUCCACUGGUAACAAGAAAGAGACUUGUAAUGUUGAUUGGAAUUUUCUCCACUGGAAAUAAUUUCGAGCGUCGGAUGGCACUGAGGAGGUCUUGGAUGCAAUAUGAGGCUGCACGCUCAGGGGAUGUAGCUGUGCGAUUUUUCAUUGGCCUGCACAAGAAUAGUCAAGUCAAUCUUGAGCUGUGGAAAGAAGCCCUGGUAUAUGGAGAUAUCCAAUUGAUGCCUUUCGUCGAUUAUUACAGCCUGAUAAGUUUGAAAACAAUUGCAAUCUGCAUUAUGGGAACCAAAAUUCUCCCUGCUAAAUACAUAAUGAAAACAGACGACGAUGCUUUUGUUAGGAUUGAUCAAGUACUCACAAGCCUCAAGGAAAAGCCAUCAAAUGGUCUCUUGUAUGGUCGCAUAUCCUUUGAUUCAUCGCCUCACAGGGAUAGAGACAGCAAAUGGUAUAUCAGCAACGAGGAAUGGCCACAUGAUGCAUAUCCACCAUGGGCUCAUGGCCCCGGUUACAUUAUAUCACGGGACAUUGCAAAGUUCAUUGUCCGAGGCCACCAGGAAAGAGAUCUCAAGCUUUUUAAACUAGAAGAUGUUGCGAUGGGCAUAUGGAUUGAGCAAUUCAAGAACAGUGGUCAAGAAGUGCAUUACAUGACUGAUGACAGGUUUUAUAAUGCUGGAUGUGAAACAGAUUAUAUUCUUGCCCAUUAUCAAAGCCCAAGGUUAGUAUUAUGUCUUUGGGAGAAGUUGCAGAAGGAGCACCAGCCAGCGUGCUGCGAGUAAACAUCAAACCUUGUCGCAAAAGCUCUGCUCUGUCAAGGUCAAGCCAAAAAGCCUUUUGGAGGGUGUUUUUGCCCUGCAGUUGCCCCAAAUUUUGAGUACUUUUUUACAAUAGAGAUCGGAAAGGAUUCCGAUGGUUUUUUAUUCUGAUUUACACUGCCUUUUCAGUUGAUUUUUUUUUUUUGUUCUCCCUCUCACCUCGUUCAUUUGCUUCUUUAUUUGUCAUGUUCUAUUGUAUUUGUAAUUUCUGAUCGAAAUAGAAUUAUUUUUAGAUUUUGAAAA